UCAACGUGUGGGUGCGCGGGGCGUUUGCGCCAUGUUAGCGCCGCUGCAAUUCAGCUGCUAAUACAGCAAUGUGUACAUACCACUGGUCAGAGGGUACAAAAAAACAACAAAAAACAAACAAACAAAACAACAAAUCAAUUAGCAUAAUGUGGCAAGGAGUGACGGCGUGAAUUUCUGUAAAGGAGAGACUAGACGCACGAGGGAUUAUUUCUGUCUUGCGCUGUGCGCGCGUGCGUGCGCGCGUGCACGCGUGUGUGAAUGCUGCUGGCCCUGUUUUAGGAGAGCAAAUGGGGCUUUUUCGGUUUUGCAGCGGAUGAUCAGCGCGUCGUCCUUCACUCUGCCUCCGGCUUUCCUUAUUCCUCUCAUCACAGCUGCAUCCCCAUCACCAUUUUUCAUCAUCUGGACUCUCUCGGACCUGUAUAUGACGACGGCGUGGGGACAGUAAUGACAGCACGCUUCCGGUUGCCUGCUGGCCGAAGCUCCGAUGUGGGAGACUCUGAAGUGGCACGAGACAGACCGAGCUCACAGGUGUUGUGUAACGUUUUGCUGCUGGACAACACGGUGCAAGAAUUCAGAGCGAAUAAGCAGGAUCAGGGUCAGGUCUUACUGGAUGCAGUGUUUAAACAUCUGGAACUGACAGAGCAAGACUAUUUCGGACUUCAGAUCACUGACGAUUCCUCGGACAGCCAGAGGUGGCUGGAUCCGAGUAAACCGAUCAGGAAACAGCUGAAAAGGAUCGCUCCGAAUAAUCUGAGUUUUAGGGUGAAGUUUUUUGUAAGUGAUCCGAGCAAACUUCAAGAGGAGUACACAAGGUACCUGUACUUUUUGCAGUUGAAGCAGGACAUCCAGAGCGGAAAGUUACCGUGUCCCCAGAAUGCAGCAGCAGUUUUGGCCUCUUAUGCUGUUCAGGCCGAGCUGGGGGACUACAGCCAAUCGGAGCAGUCGCCAGACUACCUUUCCGAGUACAGCUUCCUCCCGAACCCGCCGGAGGAUUUUGAGAAGGAGGUCGCCAAACUGCACCAGCAGCACACUGGACUCACUCCUGCUCAGUCAGAGUUUAACUACUUGAGUUCUGCCAGUUCUUUAGAGCUGUAUGGAGUGGAACUGCACUGUGCCCGAGACCAGAGCAACAGCGAGGUCCACAUUGGAGUGAUGGCUGCUGGGAUCUGCAUUUAUAAAAACAGGGUACGGGUCAACCAGUUUCCAUGGGUGAAAAUUGUCAAAAUAUCUUUCAAAUCAAGACAGUUCUUCGUCCAACUCCGGAAAGAAUCGAGUAAGGGCCGGGAGUCCCUGAUGGCGUUCAGCAUGGCGAACUACAGAGCGUGUAAGAACGUCUGGAAGGCCUGCGUCGAGCACCACACGUUUUUCCGCCUGGAGCGCCCCUUACCACCGCAAAAGAACUUCUUCACACACUACUUCACUCUCGGCUCCAAGUUCCGAUACUGCGGAAGAACGGAGGCUCAGUCCGUCCAAUAUGGAAAAGAGCAAGGGGUCAAGGACCGAGUGUUCGCCAGGUCACCCAGCAAGCCGUUGGUCAGGAGGCUGGUGAGCGGGACAGACUGGGAGACGGUGAGCAGGAACUCUCUCUCGGACGAACGACUGGAGACGCAGAGCCUGCCCAACCGCUCACGCCCGGGCUCGCCCAAUCAUUCCAUAUUCGCCGCGGAUGGUACCCGGAUCCGGCCGUCCUCCAUCGGCCACCUGGUGGACCACGUGAUCGAUGACUCGGUGUGCCAAGCUUUCUCCAACCAUAAGUCGGCGUCAUCCACACAGGCUAACAGCAUCAGCUUGGACUCGACCCCAUCUCCGGACAGCGCGAUAGACAGCCAGCCUCCUGCUCUUCCGCCGAAGCAGUCCAGGAAGAACCUGAUUAGUCACAUCAGCCAAUCCCGAUCUGAGCUGGAGCUCGAUGAGCACGCCACCGAACUCUACGACGUGCCUGUUGCUUCAGAUAAGAGCAUGAACGGCGCCGUUCCACAUGACAACCUCGUGCUGAUCAAAAUGAAACCGGACGAAAACGGACGUUUCGGAUUCAACGUCAAGGGUGGCGCUGAUCAGAGAAUGCCAAUCAUCGUGUCUCGCGUCGCUCCUGGAACUGCGGCUGACCUGUGUGUACCACGCCUUAACGAGGGGGACCAGGUGGUGCUGAUAAAUGGGCGGGACAUCUCCGACUACACGCACGACGACGUGGUCAUGCUAAUCAAGGCCAGCUGUGAAAACCAAUCGGGAGAGCUUAUCCUGCUAGUAAGACCCAAUGCGAUCUACGACGUGGACGAGGAGGACGAGAAGCUGGAUCUGGAGCCGGAGUUCCAGUACGUUCCGGAAAGCUGCGGUUUGGAUCGGUCGCACUCGGAACCGGACGGAUGGAAGUCGUCCUUCCAGAUGCUGAGAGACGGACUGAGCACCGGAUCCGUUCUCGCUCAGUUUGACCAACUGUAUCGAAAACGACCCGGAAUGUCCAUGUCCUGUGCCAGGCUACCGCAGAAUCUCUCGAAAAAUCGCUACCGGGACAUUUCCCCAUAUGACGCGACUCGAGUGGUCCUGACGGGAGCCGAGGACUACAUCAACGCAAACUACAUAAACAUGGAGAUACCAGGGGGAGGUGGCGUAAGGCGAUAUAUCGCAUGCCAGGGCCCACUGCCUGGCACUUGUUGUGAUUUCUGGCAGAUGGUGUGGGAGCAGAGCGCCGCCCUGGUGGUCAUGCUCACCACGCAGGUGGAACGGGGCAGGGUCAAGUGUCACCAGUACUGGCCGAACGUAUCCGCCAUGGGCACUUACGGCAACUUCCAGGUGUCCUGCGUGUCUGAGGAUGGGAAAGCGGCGUAUCUGCUCCGAGCGCUGACCCUCACACACCUGGAGACUAAAGAAGAGAGGCAUAUUUGCCAGAUGCAGUACAUGGCUUGGCCCGAUCACGGCGUUCCGGAUGACUCCACCGAGUUCCUGAACUUUGUUAACCUGGUGCGCAGUAAGCGAGGAGACUCGCAGGACCCUGUGGUCGUGCACUGCAGCGCCGGGAUCGGUCGCACCGGCGUUCUGAUCACCAUGGAGACGGCGAUGUGUCUGAUCGAGCGGAGUCAAGACGUGUAUCCGUUAGACAUCGUCCGAACCAUGAGAGACCAGCGAGCCAUGAUGAUUCAAACUGCUAGUCAGUAUCGGUUUGUAUGUGAAGCCAUUCUGAGAGUGUAUAACGAGGAGAUAGUGAAGCCGCUGGACUCGCUGGAGCCGAGCACGUGCGCGACGGAGGAAUGAAGAGCUGCCCCGUCCUGGAUUCCUUUACGAACUCGACUGUCCCUCUGUCGCCUCCUGGUGGAGAGCUGCGUACCUGACCCCUGAGAAUUGGAACAUGGGCGACAAAGCACUAUUUGCACUUUAGAACAAAAUGACCACUCGAGGGGGAUUUUACUAGAAAGACAACCGCAUCAGGGUGUUGUGUAAUCAUUCAUUUUUGAACAGUGGUAAACAUUCAGGUUGGAGGCCAAACCGAAUCGAACUAAAGACGAUAGAAAGCGACUUCUUGUAGUGCCAUACACUGAAAUGAGCCAAUGUCCGACCCGGAACAAACUCUUCUGGAUCACUUUCCCGCCGGUAAAUGCUAUGUAUAUGAUUUUAACGGGUUAAAGAGCCCCGUGUCCACCCCACAGUUCACCGUUUCAUUUCAUGGUACACGGAUUUAUGUCUCUUCUAAAUCUGUGGAAUUCCCAGUUUUCUGUCCAUUGCUCUGAUGCUUUAAAAUGAAAGUAACGUUCGUCACGCACUCUUCCCGUUUAGGUCUCGAGUCUCUUGAGUGUUAAAUUCGUAUAACGGUUCGGGCCAGCAGCCAAGGGUUUAACUACUGUAUACAGUGUGCGAAAUAAUGUGAAAAAAACAAUGUGAAAAUCUUCCUUGCUAGCAGGACGUCGCUGUAGCGUUGCCCUGUACCACACACCAGAUCAGGCUGAUUUGCUUUGGCAUGAAUUUUUUUUCUUUUCAAAAGGGUCAAACGACGAGGUCAUUUAAAUCUGGAAUAUAUUUUAUCCCAUGUGAAUUUUCUCACCUACUGCAUGUCAACAGAAAUCUUUUGAGGCUCUUAUGCGCUUGUACCACAUUUCAACAUGCAGUUGUCGUCGUCGUUUUUUUUUUUUUUUUUAAGCAGACUUCUGACGUCUCGUUAAAAUGUCUCGCUGGAGACCUAAGGUAAAUGCUGUAGGCCCUGGGCCUGCACCUGGCUAACUGAUGUAAAGGUGCUCUAGGCCCCGCCCCUGUACCAUGUUAGAGUGGGGUAAAGAUGCUCUACCUAGCAAACUAAUGGUUCUAUAUCAGCCCCUACACCAGACCAAGGAAUUGACUGCCCAGACCCUAUACAUGGCUAAAGAAACAAUGCUAUAAACCAUAUCCCUGUACUGGAGUAAUUAAGGUAAAGGUGCGCUAGACCAGACCCCCAUAAGUGGUUAAGGAAGUGAUCCUAUAGACCCUGUCCCUGUUUCAGACUACCUAAGAUAAAGGUGCUAUACACCAGACGCCUGUAAGUGGCUUAAGAAAUGAUUAUAUAGACCUUGUCCUUCACCUGGAGUACUUACGGUAGAGGUGCUACGUUAGGAAGCCGAGGUCAGCCAUGAUAUAGAACACCUGGAGCAGAUCUUCCUCAAGGGUCCAACAGUGGCAGCUUGGUUUUCCUAAGGCUUGAACCGCUGACUUUCAACAGCAUCUUCACUUCCAUUAGCAAGGGAGAGUACCGAUGGUACUUUUAACUGAGUCGCAUACAGGGCUUAACCUUGUGCAAGCAAGGAACCUUUCAAUAUCAUUGGCUCACUCGUUGUUGUUAUUAUCGUAAAUACACGUAUUACCUUCAUGAAAGUGAAGGUCCUGUAGGCUUAGAUCCCUGUGCCUGGCAAUUGAGGUAAAGUUCUCAACCCUAUACUAUCUAAAGGUUCUGUUGGUACUGUUCAAGUACUAGCGUCCGCUAAAGAUGUUAUAAUAACGAGUAAGGUUAAAGGACUAGUUAAGAAAGCUAAAGGUAAGCCCUGAACUCGACUCGGUUAAAGGUACUAUUGGCACCGUCCCCGACUUGUAUAAUUAAGGGAACGGAGCAAAUUAAAAUUGACAUAAAACCCCUUUACAUGGCCAAGGUACCAGUGAGAUCGGCCCAGCCCUUGUGUACCUGAGUAACUAAAGUAAAUGCCAUAUAUUGACCAUUGCCCCUAAUUCACUCCUCAUUACUCACUAAUCCAUUGUGAAUAUAUUCAAAUCUGCUAAACCCCAAAUUGUGGAAAACACACUGAACCAAUUCCCGUUUGUUGUUCAUCUCCCUUGCACCCUAAAGAAAAAGAUGUGACCAACUACUGUUUUUAUGUCUUGCUCUUAGUCCAUCCGUCCCGUUUUAACCAUCGCAUUCCACAACGUAUAAAAGGGAUUUGGCUUCCAGGACCAACACGUUUUUUCAUCCUAAUGAAUGUUCAUCAAGCAGACAUGCGAGCUUCCGUGCGUGUUGUGAUGAAUCUUAAGCUAUAGAUUUGCUAUUAAUAUUGUGUUGGGACAAUGGUAUUUUUGUAUUUUAAAAGUUGAGAGAGAAAAGGAAAGAAAAAAAAAAAAAAAAGAGACAACACUUUGCAGCUAACUUCGUAGCCUGUUGAACUACUUUAUUCUUACUGUAGUUAUGGGCAAGGUGGGGGGGUCAUGUUGAAAUUAUAUUUAUGUCGAAAAUUUGUUAAAUAGAGACACCUGUAGGAACAUCUCUUAACUACAUCGUGUCGAAUGUUAAAUAUUUGUAAAUAUGUUAUAUAUUAAAAGUGUUCUGAAAAGA